CCAAAACGUACCAAAAAAGCCACACUUUUAUUGCUGCAACCAAAAAUGCAAGGCUUUGCAAGCCUAGUGCAAACUUGCAAAGCUUGCAUUGUAUAAUUUUGUGCAUUUGUUAUCCCUGUUUUGUGGCUUUUGCAUGUUGUUGCAAUGCCAACACAACUCUUAAUAUGUUUUGUUGCAUUGCAUAUUUGAGGUCAUUUUUUUGCAUUUAGGAGGCUGAAUCCUUACAAAACCAGCAUGCAUUUAAAAAAGCAAACUUUUCCUUUUUGCAUUCAAUUUUGCAAACCUAUGCAAUGAAUAACUCAGAAGGCAUCUUCCUCAUUGGGAGUCUAGUCUCUUUGCUAAGUCUAGGAAGCAAGAGGAGAGGGCUGCAAAAACCCCUCCCCUCCCAGCAUGCAUUGCAACCUUAAAGACUCCAACUCCCAUGGUGCUUUGCGGUCCGGAGGUUCUGUUGCAGUGGAUUCGAAUUAAGAGAGCUGGAGAGCGCUGCCCUCAGCCAUGGGGCUGAAAGGGGUCCAGAAGGCGCUGUUCCCCUUGCGCUCGGUCUCGGAUGUGGUGCGCCUUUUUGAACUCGAGCUCCGCCGGGAGCAGCCGGAUUUGGUGUUACUGUCCCUCGUCCUGGGCUUCGUGGAGCACUUCUUGGCGGUCAACCGGGUCUUGCCCACCAACGUGCCAGGCAUCAGCUUUGAGCCGGCCCAAGGUCCUGAAAGCCUGACCUACUUCCCAGUGGCCGACCUCAGCAUCAUUGGUGCCCUCCAUGCCCGCUUCACCGCCCAGAUCCGGGGGGCAGUCGACCUCUCUCUGUACCCGCGUCCGGACGGUUAUUCCUCCCGGGAACUGGUCAAGAAAGUCUCGGACGUCAUCUGGAACAGCUUGAGCCGGUCCUAUUUCAAAGACCGGGCUCACAUCCAGUCGCUGUUCAGCUUCAUCACAGGCACCAAACUGGAUAGCUCUGGUGUGGCCUUUGCCGUGGUGGGUGCCUGCCAGGCGCUGGGGCUUUUGGACGUCCACCUGGCACUCUCGGAGGACCACGCUUGGGUGGUGUUCGGCAAGGACGGCGAGCAGACGGCGGAGGUGACGUGGCACGGCAAAGGCAACGAGGACCGGCGCGGGCAGACCGUCAACUCCGGCGUGGCAGAGCGGAGCUGGCUGUACCUGAAGGGAUCCUACCUUUGCUGCACCCGACAGAUGGAGGUGGCCUUCAUGGUCUGCGCCAUCAAUCCUUCCAUAGACCUCCAUUCGGACAGCUUGGAGUUGCUCCAGCUGCAGCAGAAGCUGCUGUGGGUCCUCUAUGAUCUUGGCCACCUGGAGAAGUAUCCGAUGGCGUUGGGGAACUUGGCUGAUCUGGAGGAACUUGAACCCACAGCCGGUCGCCCUGAGCCCCUCUUCCUUUACCACCAGGGGAUCAGUUCAGCCAAACAGUACUACCACAACGAACACAUCUAUCCAUACAUGUAUUUGGCUGGGUACCACUGUCGGAACAAAAAUGUCAAGGAGGCGCUGGAAGCCUGGGCCGACUCUGCCACCGUGAUCCAAGACUAUAACUACUGCCGGGAAGAUGAAGAGAUCUACAAGGAGUUCUUCGACGUGGCCAACGACGUGAUUCCCAACUUGUUAAAAGAGGUGGCCAGCCUGGCAGACUCGAUGGAGGAGAAGGGCAGCGGCGAGAGAGGAGAGGUUUCCCCGUCGCAGCCGGGCGGAUCGGCCUUGCAGGACCCCGAAUGUUUUGCCCACCUCUUGCGCUUCUAUGAUGGCAUCUGCAAAUGGGAAGAGGGAAGCCCCACGCCUGUCCUCCAUGUAGGAUGGGCCACCUUCCUGGUUCAGUCCCUGAGUCGCUUUGAUGGGAUGGUCCGGCAGAAGGUGACCCUCGUGAGCCGGGAGGUGGAAGCGAACGACGAUGACGACCAAGGCAGCGAAGACCCCCGGGAAGGACGCCGCCGGGGUCCACGCCGGGAGUCCAAGCCCGAGGAGCCUCCGUUGCCCAAGAAAGUGACCGAACGCCGGCGUCCCAGCUCCGGCCAGCGAGUGGACAGACCGCCUCCAGAGAAGGAGGACGGACCUAGCGGUGGUCCUAGCCCACCUCCGGAAGGACCCAUCCUCACCUUCCAGAGCGAGAAGAUGAAGGGCAUGAAGGAGCUGCUGGUGGCAGCCAAGAUCAACUCGAGCGCCAUCAAACUCCAGCUCACGGCUCAGUCCCAGGUGCAGCUGAAGAAGCAAAAGGCCUCUGCCCCUCGGGACUAUACUCUGGCGUUCCUCAAAAGACCCCGCAAGUCCCUCUGAUGCCACUGGGGGCCGACAGCGCUCCCUUUAGCGUCUGUUCAGAGAAGGAGACGUCUGUCCUUCCAGGGACCAUAGAGACCAACGUAUUUUGGGGGGGGGGGUGUUGUAGAGAUCCCAAAGGACGAUUUGGGAGAACAUUGUUUUCUUUCCCGGCCACAAUUUCAACUGUCCUUCCCUCCAAAUGCCCAGGAAUUUGUCUUCUUCUCUACUCCGUUGGAAACUUUUUGCUGCUUACUAGUAGGCCCUAGUAGUAAGGUCUUUUCACGAGUUCAGAUUUUGCCGCUUACUAGUAAGCCCCAGUAGUAAGGUCUUAUCGCGGGUUCGAAUUCUGCCUGCGCCGGGGAGACAGUGCUCAAGGCAGCAGAAAAUUGGGGAGGAAGGAGCAGCGAAACGAACAGCUGGAAGUGGAGGGAUUUGGAUGGGAAAAUCUGGCUGUCACAGUUUCUGCUUUACGGAAGGAGUUUGCUUUUGUACUGGCCGAAAUGAUGUAAAAUACUUGGUUGUUCUUCUUUUAAAAUAGGUUAAUUGAAUUAAUAAAUUGUGUAGAUGUGUUUUUCGGGAUAAAGGGAGGAGACGAAUCGUCCGAACAUUUGCUUUUUUGGGUGCGCAGGCUCUACUCUCUCAUCUCUUUUGGAAACCCAAAAGAUUUUGGGAUUCCACCAAAAGGGAAACUGACUGGAAAGAACACAGUUGAGUAAAGGUCAGUGGCU